GUGAUCAGUCAUAACCAUCAAAUCAGCCGACAUUCGAUCACUUCAACAUGGACCGCCUUCCUGUCGAACUCAUAACGCCUAUCUGUUUCCUUGCCUGCACGGAUGGGGGCCCCACAGCAUGCGCCCUCUCACUCGUUUCCCACCACAUUCGUGCUGCGUCUCGCCCGGCUCACUUCUACUCUGUCUCAUUCAACGGCCCUAGGGUGAUCACCGCGGUACCCCCCUUCCUCACACGACUGAAAGAGGAGCACGAGGAGACGAGACGUGGAGAUGCUCCACCCAGAGUGCGACAUCUCUUUGUUUCGGUCUCGCCUCCUAAAGGGGAGUCGCAGACCAUGAUACUGAAGGUCUACAGGGUCACCAUCGAUAUGCUCCUGCGAGCAGUCGCUCAGGACGUCGAGACACUUUCUUUGGUACAAUCGUAUAUGCAAGGCGAUCAGUCAGCCAAUCCCAUUUCGCUAGACGUCAAGUUCCCAAGACUACGGGAGCUUACGAUAUCCGGCGUCCUGUUUUCCUCCCCCCAGCUUGACUCGACGCCGUUCCCCACUCUCCGCAGGCUUCACGUGCUUCGCGGACCAUCUCCCCGCGAAUGGGCACCGUUGACUCCCAACGUGACUCAUUUGCGCAUCUCAGAGGUGCCUGACCUUCACGUGCUUCCAGUGAUUUGGACGAGUGGCUUGAGUACUUUUGGUCGUGAUCCAAACGCAGAUUCCGCCGAAGCGGAAGAGCACUAUCCCCAUCUGCAGCAAAUCAUCGUACAGCCCGCCCCCCAUACGCACUUUCAUCGUCUGGACUUUUACAAGAGAUACGUUCAUGAACUCUGGGACAUGCAACCCACAGCUCGGGUGCCAAUGUACCUUGUACCGGCUGAUGAGGACGCAGGCGGGGAUCCAUGGAACAAGAGCGAGUUUGCCAGGGUGAAGGCAAAGAACCUAUGGCUUGCGGCUGUGGAGGGAUCCGGGCGGUGUUGGCAGGCGGACGACAAGUACGCUCACUUCAACCGAACGGGCGAUGACUUGCCGUUGUACUUGAUUCUGUCUUUGCGUCGCUCGCAGCUGAUCCCUGCUAUGAAUCAUCUAUAGGAUGCGGGAGAAGCAGCCGAGCCUAUCGCCCAUGGUGGCGGGGGGAUUCGAGAUGAAGUCCCGACUAGAACCUUAUAGAGACCGUGCCAAGUUGCCCGGGAGGUGCCCAGCUGGCGGACCACAGUGUUACAUCCGCCGCUGGAGACUGCAGAACAGCGGGAAGGGUCGGUCCGGAUAAGGCAUGGGUGGAGGGAUUCCCGAGACUUGCAUGCAUGCGCGAUUAGGGGAAUGGUGCCUAUGGGAUCUGCCUCCAAGAUUACGCCCAUUUGACUCUGUUGAGAUAUUUGCGGUCAACAGUAGAGUCCCAUCGCCUCCGUCGAGAUAUGACAUCGGAUUUGUGAGAGCUCGAGCGCGAAUUU